AUGCGCCGUUCAGCCCACCUCCUGCGGCCACUGCGCUCCGCCCUCCCCUCUGCCACGCCGCUGCGUGCGCGUACGCUUGUCUCUCUUCCUCGUCCUACUUCUUCGACGCUCGCCUUUGCGGCUGUCCGUUCAGCCGUUCCGCGAACAGCCCUCCGAUGGGCCUCGACCGAGGCUGCUGCGCCCUCGACGGUCUCGGUAUCCGUUGAGGCGCCGGACCUUGCCGCGAUCAAGGAGGAGGGAUUCAUCGAGGACCCCGAGCUCGUCCCGACCGAGAAGGCGACGCUGGCCAUCACGCCCGAGGCGACAGCGCAGCUCGCCAAGCUCAAGGCUGGCGAGCCGGCCGACUCGCCCAUGGCCCUCCGUGUCGGCGUUGACUCGGGCGGCUGCCACGGAUACCAGUACAUCAUGGAGCUGACGGAGGAGAAGGGAACGGAUGACUAG